AUAACUCCUGCCUCAAAGGCUACGUCUGGAUCCUUAAGUCAACUGCUGCCGUUUCCGCUCAGUCAGCGACCAACCCCAUGGGAUUAGGAGAAAACGCUUUUCCUCCUCUCUAACUCGGAAGAUCAAUGAAGAUCAACCUACAGGUCUCUUGGACCUUCCUGAAACUGGUGGUCACUUAAGACCGAACCGAACCUGGUGGUCACUUGGACCUACUGAUACUGGUGGUCACUGAAGACCAAACCGAACCUGGUGGUCACUUGGACCUACUGAUACUGGUGGUCACUGAAGACCGAACCGAACCUGGUGGUCACUUGGACCUACUGAUACUGGUGGUCACUGAAGACCGAACCGAAACUGAUACUGAAAUUGAUACUACUGAUACUUGCUAAUGAAAGCAUGUAAAUAAACUAACGGCGUAGGCUCAGAUUUUACCCCCUUAAAACUCACCUGGAUAACUGGUGCUGAACGAGUUUAUUCGUAGAAACUCCUGUCUCAGUUCCUCCUCCGGAAUCCUGAUAAAAGAACGAGUUUCCCCUCUCUCUUAGGCAUCAUUUCCUUUAUAAAAAUCCGGUAAUUCAUUCUCAAACACUAUCGUUAUCGCACAAUCCACGUAUAAGGUGGACGGUUUAAAUCCUCGUACACGGUUCGUUAAUCCUUAAUCGGUGAAAAUCACCAAGUAAUUUGAAAGACGGACUUGCCGUGGUAAAAACUCCGAGAAAAGGAAUGGGUGCCACUACUCGUAGCGCACUUCUUACAACCAUAAUCCCAAAGAUUUCACCGGGUGAAUUCCCAGGUAAGUGGGCGAGUACCACGAAGGUCUCGAUUAAAAACCACUAGCCUUAGACAGAAUCCCCCCAUGGUAGCUGUCCAUUAUUCAAAUUUUCACGAUUGUUAGGGAUUAAUUUCAACAUCGUAACUUCCCAAUACUCGAUUUAAGCAUCAUCCAAUUCUACUCGAGUAUUUAAAUUAUAAUAACAACAUCCUCUAUUAUAUCUUCAUUCAGAACCUCAGCUAUGUUCAACAUUCCAUAUAUCGCAUGCAGUAAAACAUCGCCUAUUUACCGUAGGGUCCACAUACCUUAUUUCUGACGGAACCUCGACUCUGCACAGCCGUUGCAGACCGUCCUCGAGCACUUCGUCGCUCUUGCUCGACACUCCCUCUCUCUAGAACUGCCCUCUCUCCCUCUCUAUUCGUUAAUACGAAUUUUGGUGUGAAAUGGAAGUUGGAAAUCCCCCCCCCUUUUAUAGGCUGAUUUUUGGAAAAACCCUGUCUAAUACCCUGUCGGGUAUUUCAGGUUUCUGACCGGGUAUUUUUAAAAAAAUAAUAAAAGUUAGGUCACGGUCGGACCACUGAAAUACCCGGUCUGACCUAACUUAAAUACCCGGUCGGGUUUUAAGGUAGGGUAUUUUCCAGCCUACUUCGAACUAACUUAUCUCACUCGUUUGGACUCGGAUUUAAGAUCUGUAAAAUUCCACGUGAUCGUAGAAGAAUUCUCUAAAUUGUGGAAUCAAGAUUUGUUCGAAAUAUCUGACCCAACACUCCAGAAUAUUCGUCUUUUCCACAACCCAUUUGCUGAGAUCGCAAAUUUCUUCCCCCACUUAAAUUUUCGUUCGCUCCUUUCGUUUUGACCACGGAGAUACACAAAAUUUCUACGCACUGAAAACCACGAAUAAUCUUAUAUAUAAAUCUGAAGGUCGGGUGUUACAUUCACAAUGUCUUUCACGUGAGUAUGUUGAAGAAGUAUCAUGUGGAUCCCUCUCAUGUCAUACAACAAGAAGAGGUGAUUCUGGAACCUGAUUUGACUUACGAAGAAAGCCAGUGAGUAUCGUAGACCAACAGAUACGAGUGCUGAGGAACAAACGCAUUCCGAUGCUUAAAGUCAUUUGGAGAAAUCACGAGGGAGAAGCGGCAACUUGGGAGACUGAAGAAAGUAUGAGGAAGAAAUACCCUGAGUUAGUCGAAGUAUACUCUACGAAUAUGCCUCCCAACUAAUGCUCGUUGUAUUAAAUCAACAAUGUCGAUAAUGUAUCGAAUUUAUGAAUAAAAAGUCAGAAGAGACUUUGGUCAUACUAUCCGAUUUCGGGGAAGAAAUCCAAUUAAGUAGGGGAGAGUUGUAACAUCCCAAGCCCGGGAUAUUAAAUUAAAUUGGUUCGAUAAUUGGGAUAAUAUUUUCCCCAAUUAUAUCGAAGACUCAACGCCAAAAAUCGAAGGAACGAACGAGAAUUGAAGUGGGCUGGAGGAAGGAAUUAACCGGUCAAACCAGAAAAAUAUAACCGGCCGGGUAUAUUCCCAAAAUACCCGAUCGGGUAUUUUAGUGGACUGACCGGGUAUUUUUGUUAGGUCAGACCGGGUUUUAUUGUUAGGUCAGACCGGGUUUAUUUCCUUAAAAUACCCGACCGGGUAUUAAAUUAGGUCAGACCGGGGAUUUAGCUGGUCCGACCGGGGAUUUUUGCCGGUUAAAAGAAGUAUUUUUUUAAAAAAUACCCGACCACUAACCAGAAUACCCGACCGGGUAUUUGGACCGGGUUUUCUGACCAGCAGCCUAUAAAAGGGGGAAAAUCGGCCAACUUUCAUUUCACACCAAAUUUUCGUAUAACCGAGUUAGAGAGAGAGAGGGCAGUUUCUAGAGAGAGAGAAGGUGACAAGCAAGAGCGACGAAGUGCUCGGGAUUGGUCUUCAACAGCUGUGCAGAGUCGAGAUUUCGGCAUAAAUAAGGUGUGUGGACCCUGCGGUGAAUAGGCGGUAUUUUACUACGUGCUAUAUGUUUACUAUUGAAACAUAGCUGAGGAUUUAACGAAGAUAAAAUGAAGAAUGUCGUUAUUAUCGUUAUUAUGAUUUGAGAUACUCGAGUAGAAUUGGAUGAUUCAUAAUCGAGUAUUUGGAAUUUACGAUUUGUAAUUGAUCCCUACGAAUCGUGAAAUUCCUUGAGACUUUGUUGUAACUAUUUCAAUAAUUCAUGACGUGUUAUCAGGCCAUGAGUUAUGUGAAAGUACGCCGGUGAUUGAAUAAUUACCCUAAUACGACUAUUCGGGAUAAUUGUUAAACCACAAUCGGAUUCGUGAAGAUUUGAAUAAUGGACAGCGACCAUGGGAGAAUUCUGUCUAGGCUAGUGGUUUUUAAUCGAGACCUUCGUGGUACUCGUCCACUUACCUGGGAAUUCACCCGGUGAAAUCUUUUGGGAAUAUGGUUGUAAGAAGUGUACUACGAGUAGUGGCACUCAUUCCUUUUCUCGGAGUUUUACCACGGCGGGUCCGCCAUUCGAAUUACUCGGUGUUCCACCGAAUAAAUAGUUAUCGAACCAUGUACGAGGAUUCAAACCUCCCACCUUAUACGUUGUAGGUAAUGACGAUAUUGGUUACGAAUGAAUUUCUACUCGAUAAUUGAAUGAAUGAUUUGAUGAUUUUGGUAUGCAUGAUAUACCCUGUGGCAUAGACUUGGUAAUUACACCAAGAUCGAUUGAGAAGGAUGAUUUUAUAUUGAGAUUAUGAUGAGAACGAUGAUUUUAUAUGAGGAUCAUAUUAAUCACAUAGACGUAGAAAGGGCCUAUGACCUACCCCUAUGAGAUUGAUUGGGCUGCGGUCCUAAUGAGAGGAUUUAUGAAAAUCCUAGAUUUGAUGAGUGGUUUCUGAUAUAACCACUGAGAUGAUGAGGCUCGAGCGGGGUGGGCGUAUGGUGACCUUGGCGCCUAAAUUAAUAAAAUGGAAAUGCAUUGCACUUGCAUACUAUCUGAAUAUUGGAUGCUAGGUUGAGAAUUAUAUUAGGUUGAGACUUCAACCUAGAUGCCAUGAUUUAGGUGGUUAAUCGAUUGAUGUGGAAAAAUAUCCAUAGACUUCGCCGUGUAGGAGGGAACAGCGCCACCACUCAGCUAAAUUAGUUAGCUGUCCCACUCCCCUUUUGUGUUCAGAUCCGCAGCAGAGGAACUGAGCUUGUACGUUGGAGCUGUGUACUGCUGCUCCAUCAUUAGGUAGCGGACGAUUGGUCGGUGGAGAGUUUUUACCUAUGUUCUGUAUUUUAAAACGAGUAUCAUAAACAUGUACUAUUCUGGAUUUGAUUGCAUCGAACUUGAUCGUUUGAGUCAUUAUGAUUUAUGGAUUGUACCAAAGCAUGUAAGAGGGAGAUUUGAGUUAAUAUUUGGAUUUGAGGUCAAGAGUUGGAUAUUGUAUAAUAAAUGAGUUUGGAUAUUAAUAAAGGUGUUAGAUUUGAUAUAUAUAUAUAUAUAUAUAUAUGUUCACCUCGAGUUAUGUUUAGUAAACGAAAGUUGCAUAUGAGUUGAAUGAUGAGUUAUUACGUAAACCCCGUUAGUAUUUUCCGCUGCGCGGUUGAACCGGUGGUUCGACCCAAUGAGAAUUAGGGUGGGGUGUUACAUUAGUCGCCCUAGAAAUUACGAAAAUGCCAUUCGAAAAUAUAUUGGCCCAAAUCGAUGCUUAACGGACUUAUCAUCCGUGGAGUAUAUGAUCAAUAAACUUCAUUAUCGGUGGAGAAUAGCCUCGUCCUGAUUCCGCGAUCAGUAGCCUUCAGAAUCGAAAGAAAAUGGCAUUUCUGAUAAAUCGCCCGAAAUCUGUGAUGGUACCCCUUUCGAAUCUGCCAAAAAUUGACCCUGGAAUAAAUCCGCCCAAAUCGGUCCUUAAUGAACUCAAUCAUCGUUGGAGAAUGGCCUUAGGCCGAAUCCGUGAUCUGUAUCCUUCAAUAUCCAAAGAAAAUGGCCUUUCGUCGACCAAGAAAUUACGAAAAUGUCGUUCGAAAAUAAAUUGGCCCAAAUCGAUGCUUAACGGACUUAUCUUCCGUGGAGAAUAGGAUCAAUAGACUUCAUUAUCGGUGGAGAAUAGCCUCGGCCUGAUUCCGUGAUCUGUAGCCUUCAGAAUGUAAAGAAAAUGGCAUUUCGGAUAAAUCGCCCAGAAUAAGUGAUGGUACCCCUUUGGAAUCUGCCAAAAAUUGACCCGGAACAAAUCCGUCCAAAUCGGUGCUUAAUGGACUCAAUCAUCGUUGGAGAAUAGCUUCAGGCCAAAUUCGUGAUCUGUAGCCUUCAAUAUCAAAAGAAAAUGGCCUUUCGUCGCCCAAGAAAUUACGAAAAUUACAUUCGAAAAUAUAUUGGCCCAAAUCGAUGCUUAACGGACUUAUCAUCCGUGGAGAAUAUGAUCAAUAGACUUCAUUAUCGGUGGAGAAUAGCCUCGUCCUGAUUCCGCGAUCAGUAGCCUUCAGAAUCGAAAGAAAAUGGGAUUUCGUAAAAAUCGCCCGAAAUCUGUGAUAGUACCCCUUUCAAAUCUGCCAAAAAUUGACCCAGAACAAAUCCGACCAAAUCGGUGCUUAAUAGACUCAAUCAUCGUUGGAGAAUAGCUUCAGGCCGAAUUCGUGAUCUGUAGCCUUCAAUAUCCAAAGAAAAUGGCCUUUCGUCGCCCAAGAAAUUAAGAAAAUGUCAUUCGAAAAUAAAUUGGCCGAAAUCGAUGCUUAACGGACUUAUCAUCUGUGGAGAAUAGGAUCAAUAAACUUCAUUAUCGGUGGAGAAUAGCCUCGGUCGGAUUCCGUGAUCUGUAGCCUCCAGAAUCGAAAGAAAAUGGCAUUUCGGAGAAAUCGUCCAAAAUCUGUGAUGGUACCCCUUUGGAAUCUGCCAAAAAUUGACCCAGAAUAAAUCCGCCCAAAUCGGUGCUUAAUGAACUUAAUCAUCGUUGAAGAAUAGCCUCAGGCCGAAACCGUGAUCUGUAGCCUUUAAUAUCCCAAGAAAAUGGCCUUUCAUCGCCCAAGAAAUUAUGAAAAAUGCCAUUCGAAAAUAAAUUGGCCGAAAUCGAUGCUUAACGGACUUAUCAUCUGUGGAGAAUAGGAUCAAUAGACUUCAUUAUCGUUGAAGAAUAGCCUCGGCCUGAUUCCGUGAUCUGCAAUCUCAAGAAUCGAAAGAAAAUGACAAUUCGGAUAAAUCGCACGAAAUCUGUGAUGGUACCCCUUUGGAAUCUGUCAAAAAUUGACCAGAAAUAAAUCCACCCAAAUCGGUGCUUAAUGGACACAAUCAUCGUUGGAGAAUAGCCUCAGGGUGAAUCCGUGAUCUGUCGCCUUCAAUAUCCAAAGAAAAUGGCCUUUCGUCGCCCAAGAAAUUACGAAAAUGCCAUUCAAAAAUAAAUUGGCCCAAAUCGAUGCUUAGCGGACUUAUCAUCCGUGGAGAAUAGGAUCAAUAGACUUCAUUAUCGGUGGAGAAUAGCCUCAUCCUGAUUCCGUGAUCUUUAGCCUCCAGAAUCGAAAGAAAAUGGCAUUUCGGAUAAAUCGCCCGAAAUCUGUGAUGGUACCCCUUUGGAAUCUGCCAAAAAUUGACCCUGGAAUAAAUCCGCCCUAAUCGGUCCUUAAUGGACUCAAUCAUCGUUGGAGAAUAGCCGUAGGCCGAAUCCGUGAUCUGUAGCCUUCAAUAUCUAAUGAAAAUGGCCUUUCGUCGCCCAAGAAAUUACGAAAAUGUCGUUCGAAAAUAAAUUGGCCCAAAUCGAUUCUUAACGGACUUAUCAUCCGAGGACAAUAGGAUCAAUAGACUUCAUUAUCGGUGGAGAAUAGCCUCGGCCUGAUUCCGUGAUCUGUAGCCUCCAGAAUCGAAAGAAAAUGACAUUUUGGAUAAAUCGCCCAGAAUAAGUGAUGGUACCCCUUUGGAAUCUGCCAAAAAUUGACCCGGAAAAAAUCCGCCCAAAUCGGUUCUUAAUGGACUCAAUCAUCGUUGGAGAAUAGCUUCAGGCCAAAUCCGUGAUCUGUAGCCUUCAAUAUCCAAAGAAAAUGGAUUUUCGUCGCCCAAGAAAUUACGAAAAUGCCA